GGAGGAGCGGGGGUGGAGCCGGGGGAAGGGUUGGGAGGGAUGGGCCGGAGCUCUGGGCAGUGUGCGAGGCGCAAGCACGGGAGCCUGCAGUCUGCGUCCCGCACCCCAGCAGCCGCACCAUGAGCCGGAGUCUCUUGCUCCGGUUCUCGCUGUUCCUGCUCCUACUGCGGCCGCCCCAUGUCCUGCUCGCGGACCCCGGGGCGCCCACGCCAGUGAAUCCCUGCUGUUACUAUCCAUGCCAGCACCAGGGCAUCUGUGUCCGCUUCGGCCUUGACGGCUACCAGUGUGACUGCACCCGCACGGGCUAUUCUGGCCCCAACUGCACCAUCCCUGAGCUGUGGACCUGGCUCCGGAAUUCAUUGCGGCCCAGCCCCUCUUUCACACACUUCCUGCUCACGCAUGGGCGCUGGUUCUGGGAGUUUGUCAAUGCCACCUUCAUCCGAGAGAUGCUCAUGCGCCUGGUACUCACAGUGCGCUCCAACCUUAUCCCCAGUCCGCCCACCUACAACGCAGCACAUGACUACAUCAGCUGGGAGUCUUUCUCCAAUGUUAGCUAUUACACUCGUAUUCUGCCCUCUGUGCCUAAAGACUGCCCCACACCCAUGGGAACCAAAGGGAAGAAGCAGUUGCCAGAUGCCCAGCUCCUGGCCCGCCGCUUCUUGCUCAGGAGGAAGUUCAUACCUGACCCCCAAGGCACCAACCUCAUGUUUGCCUUCUUUGCACAACACUUCACCCACCAGUUCUUCAAAACUUCUGGCAAGAUGGGUCCUGGCUUCACCAAGGCCUUGGGUCAUGGGGUAGACCUCGGUCACAUUUAUGGAGACAAUCUGGAGCGUCAGUAUCAACUGCGGCUCUUUAAGGAUGGGAAACUCAAGUACCAGGUGCUGGACGGAGAAAUGUACCCUCCCUCCGUAGAAGAGGCGCCUGUGUUGAUGCGCUACCCUCGAGGCAUCCCGCCCCAGAGCCAGAUGGCCGUGGGCCAGGAGGUGUUUGGGCUGCUUCCCGGGCUCAUGCUGUAUGCCACGCUCUGGCUGCGCGAGCACAAUCGUGUGUGUGACCUUCUGAAAUCUGAGCACCCCACCUGGGGAGAUGAGCAGCUCUUCCAGACGACCCGCCUCAUCCUCAUAGGAGAGACCAUCAAGAUUGUUAUCGAGGAGUACGUGCAGCAGUUGAGUGGCUAUUUCCUGCAGCUGAAGUUUGACCCAGAGCUGCUCUUUGGUGUCCAGUUCCAGUACCGCAACCGCAUUGCCUUGGAGUUCAACCAGCUCUACCACUGGCACCCCCUCAUGCCCGACUCCUUCAAGGUGGGCUCCCGGGAGUACAGCUAUGAGCAGUUCUUGUUCAACACCUCCAUGUUGGUGGACUACGGGGUUGAGGCCCUGGUGGAUGCCUUCUCUCGCCAGAGCGCUGGCCGGAUCGGUGGGGGCAGGAACAUGGAUCACCACGUCCUGCAUGUGGCUGUGGAUGUCAUCAGGGAGUCUCGGGAGCUGCGGCUGCAGCCCUUCAAUGAGUACCGCAAGAGGUUUGGCAUGAAGCCCUAUACCUCCUUCCAGGAGCUUGUAGGAGAGAAGGAGAUGGCAGCGGAAUUGGAGGAGUUGUAUGGAGACAUUGAUGCGUUGGAGUUCUAUCCUGGGCUGCUUCUUGAAAAGUGCCAUCCGAACUCUAUCUUUGGGGAGAGUAUGAUAGAGAUUGGGGCUCCCUUUUCCCUCAAGGGUCUCCUAGGGAAUCCCAUCUGUUCUCCGGAAUACUGGAAGCCAAGCACAUUUGGCGGUGAGAUGGGCUUUAACAUUGUCAAGACGGCCACACUGAGGAAGCUGGUCUGCCUUAACACCAAGACCUGUCCCUACGUUUCCUUCCGCGUGCCGGAUGGCAGUCAGGAUGAUGGGCCUGCUAUGGAGCGACCGUCCACAGAACUCUGAGGGGCAGGAAAGCAGUGUUCUGGAGGGGAGAGCUUUGUGCUUGUCAUUCCAGAGUGCUGAGGCCAGGGUUGAUAGUCUUCAAUGCUCGUUUUCUGGUUUGGCAUGGUGAGUGUUGGGGUUGACAUUUAGAAUUUUUGAGUCUCACUCAUUAUCUGCACUAUUGCGAUUCUGUUUGUCCUUCCAUAAUGCCGAAUUCCUUGUUAGCCCUUCAGAUGGUUAGGAGCGGUUCUCAUUUGGCCUGCCAGAAUACUGGGUUCUUAGUUGACAACCUAGAAUGUCAGAUUGCUGGUUGAUUUGUAACACCGGCAUUCUAGAAUGUGGAGCACCUGAUGAAGUCUUCUGGAAAAUUCUGGGGUUCUUAUUUUGCAUUCCAGAAUCUUGACUUUCUGAUUGGUGAUUCAGAGUUUUGUGUUCCUGGCUGCUGAUGAUCCAGAACAGUGGCUUCUAUCCCAAAUCAGUCAGCAUCUGAAUGUCUAGAAUGUGGAUUUGAUUCAUUUUCCUAUUUAGUGAGAUAUCAUAGAGCGGAAGAUCAAGAAUGUCCAACAAGAAUGUAUUCCCUGAAUCUGUGCCUGCACUUGGGGGUGGGGGGGAAGGAGGUGGCGUUUUCAUCUUGGGACCCCCGUUACAUCCUGCUCUGAGGAUGUAGAGAGAACAGGUGGGUUUUAUUCAUGCCAUUGGUUGGAAGCUACCAGAGCUCUGUCCCCAUCCAGGUCUUGACUCAUGGCAGCUGUUUCUCAUGAAGCUAAUAAAAUUCACUUUCUAAAGUU